CCCUUUCAGGAAUCCCUCCUCUGCUGGACGUGAGGGAGAGACCCCAGACCUCUGGGGAACCUGGCUGUGGACCCCAGCGAGGUCCAGAUUGGAGCGUUGGCCACAAGAGCAGGACCCCGAACGUUUUCUGCGGCACAGAUGCGGAGAGGACCCUGCUGCCUCAAAGCUGGAUGGCCGGGCCGGGGAUUUCCACCGUUUCUGGCAAACCCACAGGAGCGUUUCACACACUGAGUGAAGUGUAACGCAGGCCUGCCCAGACCAGCGAGAGAGGGUCCCCAGGCUGACUCUUCCACCCCACAGAGUCCGCAGGAACCUGGGUCCAGUGGCCACUGCUGCCCAGACUUCUGCUCUCCAGAGCCCAGGGUGUGUGGACAAGACUAUCCCUGGGACCAGCUCUCUGGAGUAGCACAGGCCCCCGCUGUGUUAUUUAGCUCCAGGGAUCCCAGGUGCCCGGCAUUCGGAUGGAGAACUUGACCCUGAACUACGACUAUGACAACUACAGCGAGGUCCCGGGGUUCCCCGUGGACUGCCCAGAUGGCUCUUGCCUGCACACCAACGCCUUCCAUGUGGUGCCGCCGCUGCUGUACACGCUCAUCUUCCUUGUGGGCGUGCCGGGCAAUGCCAUGGUGGCCUGGGUGGCCGGGAAGGAGGCCCGGCAGCGCGCCGGCGCCACCUGGUUCCUGCACCUGGCCGCGGCUGACCUGCUCUGCUGCUUCUUUCUUCCUACCCUGGCAGUGCCCGUUGUCUGGGAAGGCCACUGGCCUUACGGGGCCGUCGGCUGCCGGCUCCUGCCCUGCGUCAUGUUACUGUCCAUGUUCGCCAGCGUCCUGCUCCUGGCUGCCCUCAGCGCGGACCUGUGCCUGCUGGCCCUCAGGCCUGCCUGGGGGGGCGCUGGCUGGCGGGCACGGGGCGUGAGGGCUGCUUGUGUGGCCGCCUGGGGCCUGGCUGGGCUGCUGACCCUGCCCUCUGCCUUCUACCGCCGGCUGUACCAGGAGCACUUCCCACCCCGGCUGGAGUGCGUGGUCGACUACGGGGGCUCGGCCACGGCUGAAGGUGCGGUGGCCGCCGUCCGGUUCCUUGCGGGCUUCCUGGGGCCUCUGCUGGCUGUGGUCAGCUGCCACGGCACCCUCCUGUGCCGCGUAGCCCGCUGGCCACUGGGCACGGCUGUCGUGGUGGGCUUUUUCAUCUGCUGGACCCCCUACCACGUGCUGGGGCUCGUCCUCGCUGCUGCUGCCCCCAAUUCCGUGCUCCUGGCCAGGGCCCUGCGGGCCGAGCCACUGGUCACGGGCCUUGCCCUGGCUCACAGCUGCCUCAACCCCGUGCUCUUCCUGUACUUUGGGCGGGCACAGCUCCGCUGGUCCCUGCCAGCCGCCUGUCGCUGGGCCCUGCGGGAGCCCCAGGGCCAGGACCAGAGUGCGGUCAGCAAGAAAUCCACCAGCCAUGACCUGAUCUCAGAGAUGGAAGUGUAGGCGGGUUCCCAUCAUGCCAUUCCACUUCACAAACCUGGCUUUGGGGAGCGCUGGAGCCAGGGGCUGAACUCACUGCCAUCGACCCCAGGCGGACUUAGAGCAGCCCUCUAGACAGGGCCGAACUGCCCCUGCAGGUUCCUGAGAUGGUAAACUCUUGACGGGAGUAGAAAGCCCCUGUCUUUCUCCA